AUGAACGCGUACCUGGUUCUGGCGUCGGUGGUGUGGGUGUCGGUCCUCGGCGGCGAGGAGGUCCGCUACACGACCAAGUACGACAACGUGGACAUUGAGUCGGUGAUCGGGAACGAGAGGCUCCUCGCCGGCUACGUGGGGUGCCUCCUGGAGACGAAGCCUUGCUCGCCCGACGCUGCCGAGCUCAAACGUAAUCUACCGGACGCCCUGGCGACCAACUGCUCGCGCUGCAGCUCGGCCCAGAAGACGAUCUCGGAACGCUUGACCCACCACCUUAUCGAUAACAAACCGGACGAAUGGAGCCUCCUCGAGCAGAGGUACGACCCUACGGGGGCGUAUCGAGAGCGCUACCUCGGCAUCAGUACCAUCAAAGAGAAGGACCAAGAGGAGGAGUAG